GCGGCGGGGCCGGGGCUGCAGGGGGUACCGGGGGUGCCCCGAGCCCGCCGAUGCCGCAGCUCUGCCACGUCACGGACUCGCUGCUGCUGGGCACGGCCAGGGCAGCGUGCGACGAGGAGCUGCUGGCCCGGGAAGGGGUCACCUUCUGCGUGAAUGUCACCCGGCAGCAGCCGUUCCCCGGCGGGCGGCGCGUCCCCGGCAUCCGUGUGCCCGUGUUUGAUGACCCGGCCGAGGACCUGCUCCGGCACCUGGAGCCCUGCGGAGCCGCCAUUGAGGCGGCCGUGCGGGCCGGGGGCCGCUGCCUCGUGUACUGCAAGAACGGCCGCAGCCGCUCCGCUGCCGUCUGCACCGCUUACCUCAUGAGACACCGGCAGCUCCCGCUCGAGGACGCCUUUCAGGUUGUGAAAUCUGCCAGACCCGUAGCAGAACCGAAUGCAGGAUUUUGGUCUCAGCUGCAGAGAUAUGAAGAAGAUUUGCAGAUACGAAAGCAGUCUGCUCUGCUGAGCAAAGGACCUAAAAAUAAUGAUGUGUGAAGAUACUUUAAAGAAAGUGAAGCGACUUGCUACAGACUUUAAAAAAAAAGGGAAAAAAUAACUUCCUAAAUCAUCCGUACAUAAAACACUUUACCCCCAUAACUGAGUUGAUGGUUCAUUAAAUUCAUUCAGAGCA